AAGGGGAACUACAUCGAAGUCACCGCACGCAGCACGCCUUGGCAUUCUCCAAAGCUUCGAUGCCUCCAAGCCCCCAUUGGUAAAGGCCAAAGCCGCUUCUGCCAAAACCCUACAAACCCCAAAUCCCGAUCAAUCCCAACUUCGCAUAUCCGGAUCCGCUUCACCCCAUUAUAUCACUCUUGGGUGUUCCUCAUCCUCAGAUCCGUUAGUUCCAUUCCAUCUGCAUUUGAACAGCAGAAAGUUGAAAAUGGCUGACGCCAAUUCACCACCUGGUUCACCCAAAGAAAACCCAGAUGGCAAUUCUGGUCCAAACCCGCCUCCUAGCAGCGAUGGCUCACUGGAAACCCUAUUGCAGAGGUUCCAGGACUCCAUGUCUGUGGCCAAGAAACAUAAGUUCUGGGAGACACAGCCUGUUGGGCAGUUUAAGGAUAUUGGGAACUUGAGCUUGCAGGAGGGCCCUAUUGAGCCCCCUACACCGAUAUCAGAGGUGAAACAAGAGCCUUAUAAUCUUCCGGGUCCUUAUGAAUGGACUGUGUGUGAUAUGGACUCUGAUGAGACUUGCAAUGAGGUUUACAACCUCUUGACUACUAAUUAUGUUGAGGAUGAUGAGAAUAUGUUUAGAUUCAACUACUCUAAGGAGUUUCUUCGGUGGGCUUUGCGCCCACCAGGUUACUACAAGAGCUGGCACAUUGGAGUUCGAGUGAAAACUUCGAAGAAGUUGGUUGCAUUCAUCACUGGUGUGCCAGCGAGGAUCAGAGUCCGUAAUGAAGUUGUGAAAAUGGCAGAGAUUAACUUCUUGUGUGUUCAUAAGAAGCUUAGGUCGAAGAGGCUUGCCCCUGUUAUGAUCAAAGAGAUAACGAGGAGGGUUCACUUGGAGAAUAUUUGGCAUGCAGCAUACACAGCUGGGGUGGUGCUACCUACACCCAUAACGACCUGCCAGUACUGGCAUAGGUCAUUGAACCCUAAGAAACUGAUUGAUGUUGGUUUUUCAAGGCUUGGUGCGCGGAUGACAAUGAGUAGAACAAUUAAGCUUUACAAGUUACCAGAUUCGACAGUGACCCCUGGUUUCAGAAAAAUGGAGCUCCGAGAUGUGCCUGCUGUUACCCGCCUGCUGAGAAACUACUUGAGCCAGUUUGUAGUUGCACCAGAUUUUGAUGAGCAUGAUGUGGAGCACUGGCUUCUUCCAACUGAAAAUGUGGUGGACAGUUAUCUGGUUGAUAGCCCAGUGACUCAUGAGGUUACCGACUUCUGCAGCUUCUAUACGCUUCCCUCAUCCAUCCUUGGUCACCAGAAUUACUCAACUUUGAAAGCAGCUUAUUCCUACUAUAAUGUCACGACAAAGACUCCCUUGCUUCAGCUGAUGAAUGAUGCACUUAUCAUUGCAAAGCAGAAGGAUUACGAUGUUUUCAAUGCAUUGGAUGUCAUGCAGAAUGAAUCUUUUCUCAAGGAAUUGAAAUUUGGACCGGGAGAUGGGCAACUUCACUAUUAUCUGUAUAAUUAUCGGAUGCAGAAUGGACUGAAACCAAUGGAACUUGGCCUUGUUCUGUUAUAGUUUGAUGAUUUCAGCUUUGGUCUUGUAGCUUGGACUAUCAGAGGCACUAGGUUAUAUAUUUGCUGACUUUGUCUUACGGUUCUGCAUUCGUUGUGUUCUUCACCAGCAAAUUUGGGAUUAGGUUUUGCUGUGCCUGCAGAAAAAAAAAAUGCAAAAAAAAAGAAAAGAAGAAAAAAAAGUGAUCUUCUGUGCCUGACAUGGCUAAUUAUGAUGUCGACAAUGCAAAUUGUUCUUGGGACAAAUAAUUUGAAGACAUUCAAAUAUCUUCUCAUUCUCAGUUUUCCCUUGUGCUAUGGCAUCUCCUUUCUAUUUUCCAUGGCUCAUUGUGGGCUGUGGCUAUUCUGCCCCUGAUAUUUAUCAGAUUUUGUGCGGUUUAUUGCAACCCAGUGAUUGAUUUUGUUCUCC